GGUGUCGCCGUGGUGGCUCCCAUUCGAAGGCGACGGCGGUCGUCUAUAUUUCGGUCGUAAUCUCUCCAGAAGAAAAGCGACUAACUCCAAACAGACAGCAAAUUUAACAGACUUUAACGUUGAGAUUUAUUUAAUAUUCUUCUCGGUCGAGCUUGUGACAGGGCUCUGGGAUGACGGGUGUGCCGAGAAUUUGAAUUAGCUCGCCGUUAGUUUGAAGAAAGAGUGAGUGUCGGGGUAGAGAGAGAGAGAGAGAGGAGCCAUUUUGUCCCGACUGUGUGGGAGAAAAGAGAGUGGAAAAGAGGAAUCACACGGGAGGAGAUCCUGUUUUUGCUUUUUGUUCUCAUGCUGUAAGGGGGAAAACAGUCGGGCUUGGGAAAUUAAACUUCUCGGGCACGUAAUUUGGGUUGUAUUUAGCCAAACUAGCUUGCCAAGCUAAUCAACAAAUCCCAGAUUGUUAACAGUUCAGUCAAGAGAAGCGGGGAAGGUUGGCUAAGAAGCUGGCUUAAGACUUCACAUAGGCGUGCUAGGAUAUCCGGUUUUUUUGUAUCUUGUCUGGGUGAACACAAGCUGUCUUUCAAUGGCGAAGAAGACGUACGACUUGCUGUUCAAGCUGCUUCUGAUCGGGGACUCGGGCGUGGGGAAGACCUGUGUGCUGUUCCGCUUCUCUGACGACGCCUUCAACACAACCUUCAUCUCCACCAUAGGAAUUGACUUCAAGAUCAAAACUGUUGAAUUACAAGGAAAGAAGAUCAAACUACAGAUCUGGGACACAGCGGGCCAGGAGCGGUUCCACACCAUCACCACCUCCUACUACAGAGGAGCCAUGGGCAUCAUGCUGGUCUACGACAUCACCAACGCCAAGAGCUUCGAAAACAUCAGCAAAUGGCUGCGCAACAUUGACGAGCAUGCAAAUGAAGACGUUGAAAGGAUGCUGCUAGGCAACAAGUGUGACAUGGAGGACAAGAGGGUCGUACCAAAAGCCAAGGGGGAGCAGGUAGGAUGGUGCAGUCAUUCAUCAUCUGUGUCCUGCAUUUCAAUUGGCUGAUUUGUGACUGCUACUUUCCAGAUAUGUGUUCAGUUCCUAGACCUGUCCAUUGAGUCCCUUGCCGUUAAUUACAUACUAGUUCAA